AUGACCCGGUCAAACCCUCCCUCAGGCCUCUGGAAGCCAACCCACCUUGAACGCCUGUACUAUGGCCCUUCCUCAGUUCACGACAAUCUAGUCUCCUGCCUACCCUCAUCAUCCUCCAAAGCGUUUAUCAUCACCGGCUCCUCACUCGCCACCAAAACACCCCUCAUCCAGCAAGUCGAGAAGCUCCUGACCUCGAAGCACCAUGCAGGCACCUUCUCCAAUAUCAAGCAGCAUGCUCCAGUGGCACAGCUGGAUGAGGCAACAGAUGCGGUGCAGAAAGACUCUUCCAUCGAUACCAUCAUUAGCAUUGGAGGCGGCAGCCCCAUUGACUCAGCCAAAGCCAUCUCCUACAGGACUCAUGAGAAAUCGAACAAAUAUCUCUAUCACAUCGCCAUACCUACGACGCUGAGCGCGGCCGAGUGUACGAUGGGUGCAGGAUACACGGCGGCGGAUGGCAAAAAGACUGGCGUUGGAGGUCCGGAGCUGGUACCGAACGUCAUCAUCUACGAUGCAAAAUUCGCGUUGGAGACCCCGCAAAGGCUCUGGCUAUCUACGGGUAUACGAUCGCUGGACCACGCGGUAGAACUUUUAUAUCACCCAAAAGCUGCAGAGGCCCCUGCGAAAUCGUUGGUUCUGAGCGCGAUCGAGGGACUUUUCACCUACCUUCCCAAGUCCAAGGCGGAGCCAAAGAAUGAGGACUACAUCACAAGGCUACAACUGGCAUCCUUCAACUCGCUCUUUCCCAUAGGACUGGAUAUGGGGGGUGGUCUAGGGCUCAGUCACGCGAUGGGUUAUGCUCUUGGGUCGCCUUACGGCAUACCCCACGGUAUUACGUCUUGUAUUUCACUGGCCGGCGUUGUACGGCUGAAGGCGGAGAACCCAGAAGAUGCAGCUCAGGUUGCCAGAGCAUUACCAUACAUUGGACAGAGCAAAAGUGGAGACGAUAAAAAAGAUGCCCUCAAGGUGGCCGAUGCCAUCGAGAAGCUCGUUAAGGAUUUGGGCCUGGAGAGUAGGCUCAAGGAUUACAAUGUUGGUAGUGACCAGGUAUCCGUGGUGGCGAAGACGGCAACAAAGUCGGAGUCAGGGCCGUUGUAUGAUGGUGUAGCGAAGAUUGUAGAGAGUAAGCUAUGA